AUGAGCGCGACGAAUAAAGAAAAAACUACCCGGGAGGGUCCCGUUCGCGGGGAAUCCCUUGGUGGGUCGGACAGCCGGCCCAUCGGCCCCAUUGUAUACGGGGGGGCCAUUCGCCGUGUGAAGGAGGAGAGAAGGUUAGGGACAGAUGGAGGAAGUAGAGAGGAGAAGGAGAGAGAGAGAGUGAGGAGGCUGUCUGAUUCAGACUCAACAGACAGCAGGGGCUCCAUGGCAAGCGCUUCCAGCCGCUUUGCUUCCAUGGAGUCCCUAGACCAGGAAGGUGCGGGAAGAUUCUGGAGCGAGAGCCGCGGCCAGAAGAGGCCCAGAGAUAAGGAGUUAAGCGGCAGCUCCACAGACACCCCCGCCAAGGGGGCACACAAGAGAAGAGGACGCGGCCGUCCACCAACCACCGGCGAGUACGUCGGGCUGGCGGCCGCCAAAGAAGUUUUGAGAAAGGCGACAGAGGCGGAGAUGAGGGCACGAGCCGAGGCGGAGCUCCUCGACUCAGUUUUGGAAGCCCGCAAGACUCGCUCGGCACUGGCCACGGCAAAUCCAUCCACUGCCGAAAAUGAAGAAGACACGGCGACCACCGUCCUCAAACGGAUUGGGUCCAGCCUUGAAGUAGUUGAGAAAGUUGCAAAGAAAUCGUCCAACCUAAAGGGGACCUUCGUGCGCGCACUGCAAGACGCUGUCAGUGCAAUAAAAGAAGACGUCGCUGGCCUCGCACAGAGGUCGAUAUCCGAUGAGACGCGCGCCUUGCAGGCCGAUAACACCCGCCUGCAAGCCGAGAUGUCCAGCCUCCGCAAAGAGCUGACAGAACUGCGCCAGGAAAUGGAGAAGGUGCGGAAACAGGGUUCCGCCAAUACCUUCAUGGAUGUGACAAUGGAGGCCGCCCCUGUCCGGCCCCCACAACCACAACAAGAGACCUCUAUUGAGGAUAUUUGCAGGACGGUAAUGGUCCAGGUGGGCGGUAUGCUCAACGCCCGUCUGGCUUCCCUAGAGGAUAGGUUGCUCCCCGAAAGGAACCUGCGACCACCAUUGGCGUCGGACAAGAAGAAGGAGGCCCGCACAUAUGCGACUGCGACCGCUGAGCCCACACCCGUACCAUCUUCGGGUGCCCAAAAAACAUCUGGGACAAAGGUGCCCCCGGUGCCAGCUCAGCCCGGUCCCAGUAGACUCACGCGCCAGGCGCCCACAGUGCCCAAGAAAGGCAAGAAAGGCUCCAAAAAAGGAGCAAAAAAGAAGGAGAAAACUCGGCCGCCGACUAGCGAGAACUCAAAGUCCUCCCCUGUCGCCCCCGCAUCUACAUCUCCGCCUGCAUCGCGGCCGCAGAGACUGAAAGUGCCUCGGAGCUCUGCCGUCGUCGUGACACUUACCGAGGCGGCAAUCCAAAAGGGGCUGACAUAUAGCAGUGUCCUGAGAGAAGCGAGAUCGAAGCUCGACCUAAAAGAGGUGAUAGGCGUAGAAGCGGUGCAAUUCCGUCGGGCGGUUACCGGGGCUACCAUCAUCCGCAUCCCCGGCGCCACCAGCGCCCCGAAAGCAGAUAUCCUGGCGCAGAAGCUCCAAGAAAUAUAUAAAAAUGACGACAUUAAGAUCUCCAGACCUGAGAAAAUGGUCGACGUUAAGAUUGAAGGUCUGGACGACUCCACUACACCGGAGGAAAUAAAAGAGGCCAUAAUUAAAAAAGGGGCAUGCACGACUGACCAGGUCCGAGCUGGACAACUCCGCCAGAAUAGAUCUGGUCUUUACGACAUCUGGGCCCAGGUCCCUGUCACAACAGCAAAGAAGCUAGUGACUGGCCGCUUCUUAGUGGGCUGGGUAGCUGCCAAGGUCACGAUUGGCAGACCAAGGGAGUUACGCUGCUACCGAUGCAUGCAGCAAGGACAUACAGCGAGUCGCUGCGACGCGGAGGACCGCAGCCGGCUCUGCUAUAAAUGUGGACAAGAAGGCCACAAGGCCGCAUCCUGCCCGUCGCAACCAAACUGCAUCCUGUGCACGGCGGCGGGCAAGGAUGCCAAACACCGGCUGGGGAGUUUAAAUUGCUCGGCGCCCAGAAAAACGGUCCCCAAGAGAGCGCUAGCGGAAGUAGCACGUAGCGCGCCCCCACCGAGCGGGGAAGAAAUGGAGAUAGCGGAAGCCGUGCAAAAUUAA